AUGGACGAUUCAUCAAUCGUGAGCAGCCCAAAAAUAAGAGACGAUGAAGCUCUGCGGCCAAGGUCAAUGUCGGACCCCGGACCGGGUCCAUUGUGCACAAGCGAACGAUUCUUCGAACUCAUAAAGAGCAGUAAAAACUCGCAUGUCGAAACACUCGUCCGGCUAGACCCGGCGCUAUUAACCUCUCGGGUGAAGGGAAAGCUCACGCCAAUGAUGGAAGCUUGCUUCAAAGGAAACCUCGGGCUGGUCCGAUUCUUCCUCGAUCGCGGCUGCGACGCAAACGAAAAAUACGGCGACGAUCAGUACACGCCGUUGAUGUUGGCCGCUCUGGGUGGACAUGCUGAAAUCAUGGUCUCGCUGCUCGAAGCUGGCGCUGAUCCGCAUGAGAAAAAUAGAAUUGGGAAGACGGCGGCGAUGCUCUGUGGAUUCGUAGGGAUGAAGGAGAGUCAUAGGAUUUUGAAUUGCUGGAUCAAGGACUCGCAGUUUAUUGAUAAACUCGUGCUCAAGGAAAACUGGACGAACGAUCUGAAAAGACGUCUUCGCCGGCUUAUUUGCCAUCCAAAUUGCCUCCCUGUUUCGAUCAUGCAGCGAAUUCAAGGAUUGAGCGACAACGUUCUCCGAAAACUCAUUCCCGUUCUCUUAGAACAAAUUCCUCGCGAAGCCGAACUGCCCAUAUGCCUUAGAUUUCAAAUUAUCUCCGAGACGUUGCGUCAGUUUCUUGCGCUCGGAACGACUGCCAGACGAUUUCAGAAGCUAAUGCUCAAUCAUCCCAAAGCUUAUGAUGAUCUCAUUACCAGAUGUUGUCUUGCCCUGUCGAAUAGGAACGAAAUCGCUGCUUUGAAAAUGGCUGUUUCUGGAGAAUACACGACGCUAAACGCCGCCAUCCGCCAAGUAAUCGGCGAUACAAGCGACAUCACCCGCCUCUGCUCAGUCUGUUUUGAACCGUCAAAGUACCGCUGUGGAAAAUGCACCCACAGAACUGCUUUUGCGAUUUACUGCUCCCGAUAUUGCCAAAAACUGCACUGGAAACUUCACCGACCCCUUUGUCAUAAAUUCAAAAUGUGA